GGACAUUUUGGCUUCGAGCUUAAUGCCGUGGCUAUUUCUGGCGCACAGAAACACGGGACAGAGGGUGUUCCAUAUGUGUGAACAUUGCUGACGACACUUUUAGACUAUAAUUAUAGUUUAAUUACCAAAGGAAUUGUGUGUUCUAUAUCGACUGUGUAUCAUUAGUCUGUGAUGCGUAAACGUUUACAAGUUUUAGUCAUUGUUCAUGUAGUGUUAUUGGGUACAAAUGUGCUCUAAAUUUACCUGUAUAAAAGUAAACUGAAACAUAGAAAAACAAUCAAUCCGCUAUAAUUAUCACAGGAAGCACAAAACAUGUUAAUAUAAAAGAGCUUAAUUGUUGCAAGCAGAAGAUUAGUUUAUGAUGUUGGUGAAACUUUACUGUACAAGAUGCUUUGUAAUCUGUUUUCUAAACUGGCUAUACUAUACUGCCAAGGUAUGUACAAUGAGUCCUUAAAAAUAACUUGGCAUUUGUGGAUUCUCAAUAGGAAAGUCAGUACAUUUAAUUAUGGAUGAUGGAAAAAAUACACUUUCUGGUUCGUACUGUCCAACAACUGUUAAACUUAUCUGCAAUGUUACGAAUGUUCCUAAUUUGCUAUGGACGUACAAUAAUGGCAGUAAAAUAAACAUGAUUAUUUCUGAUUUUCAAACUGAUCAUGCAAUAACUUUCGACCCGAUCACAACUGAUUUUUCAGCAUUUCCAUUUGUCCAGUUAACGCAGUUCAAUGUAUAUAAAAACCAAAACAAUCAGUCACGGAUUAAUGCUUCAACAAUUCUCACUGCUGAUCUCACAAAGCUCUACAACCAGAAUAUUAGAUUACUUUCUUGUGGUUCUGUUAGUGUGAAUAAGACAGUGCCAGUGAAUAUCAGCAUCUUACAGCCAUAUUUUCCUGCUAUUUCUCACGUUUAUACAAGUGUGGUUGUACGCUAUGAGUCUGGACUUGUAUCAAAUGUAGAUGUAUCAUGGAGAAAAUUUCAGCAACUAGAUUGUCCUGAAUAUGAAAAUUCACAAGAAUACCUCAUCAAUGUUACUGGAUGUGGGUGGAUGUGGAUCAACCAUAACACCUGUCAAGAUAUCACUUGCUCGUCAGUUUUCAGCAAUUGCACAGAGUAUGUGAGAAAAAUUACACUACAAGCCAAAAUCGCUGACAUUGAGAGUGAACAAGUAGUCUAUCCCACAUCUUUAGAUUACUAUAAUCAAUAUUUCCGACCUGCUGUUAAUCAGUCGUCGAGGUGCCAAAUUCGUGUUCAGUGCUUACCUAUUCAUAGAUAUUUUAGAGGGAAUCAAACGUGUACCAUUCGAUACACUACAGAUCCAGAGUAUGGAAAUCUAUCAAAUCCUAUUAUGAAUCCUGUUGGCAAAACACCUGUCUUACUUUCACAUGUCACAUCUGGUUCUAUGUACUACUUUGAGUUCUCAGUGUUGGUGAAUGAUACCUUACUGAUCGCAGAGAGAAUUGAGUACGUUACAGAAUCAGGAGAAUUGUUCCAGUUGGGUGCAAGAGAAGGCGUCAUUAUUGCCAUUACAUCAGUUUUCUUAGGAUGCUUUACUGUACACACUAUGAUCGUAAUGUGCCAAUUAAAAUUGAAUAAGGGUCAUCCUACAGUUUCCAGGUUCAUUUCUAACAAACACAUUCAAUUCUCGAUAACACUGAUCCUCUUCAUGUUCUUUAUUGUGUGUGGAACUCUGUUGACAACUUUUGUGAUUGUUUCAAAUGAUAUGUGUUUAUUAAAUGAAGAAGUUCCCAACAGUUUGCUUGAUGCAAUGUUAGUACUUUCAUGUGUUGGGAUAGGAAUCCUUCUCCUCUAUUGGGUCUUCAUACAAUAUAAAAUAUACAAGCAGCAUACUAAAGGAACCAAAAACAAGCCUGAAAAUACGACGUCUCAUUGCGACUAUGCUCUUCGUUCGAACAUCUCUUCACAAAGAGCUCAAUAUAACGCUCAAGAGUCACCUGAGAAGACACCUGAUUCUCAGGAGUGCCAACAAUUGCAUCCCGAAGGCGUUAACGAAAUGGUUCCAAUGCAGAAGAAGCCUUUGAAUGGCAGCCAGCUAAUGACGACACCUAGUAGGAAAUGUCCACCCUCUACACUUCCCAAACAAAGAAAAUCAGGUCAACAUUCUAACAGUGUUUUCUACGAUGAGGUUGGUUUAGCAAAAGUGAAAGGCAAUGUCUCGGAUAUGACAGAAGUUGAGUUGAAAGCUAACGAGUCUUACGGGCACACAGACAAGAGGUUUUCAACUGCCAAGAGCAACGUGACUGCUUGUCCAUUAUGUUCAACACCAGCCAGCAAAAUCCAGCAAGAUUUGUCAUUACGUCAUCAGUACAGUGAGAUCAAAGCGAAACCGAAGAGUGAGCAUCCUAAGCUGAAUGCUAUUGAGCAGGAGCAGAUAGAGUUGAAAUCUAAUCAGUCGUAUUGUCAGCUAACAAGUGCUGUGGGUCAGAUAGGAGGAUGUGAACCACUGCACGAGUACGACUAUAUAUACGUGGACUCCUAAUAACGAGGGAUAAGAACCACUGCACAAGCAUAUAGCUAUAUACAUAAUUAUACGGACGGCACCUAUAUAUAGUAACUAGUUCAUCACACACAAUUUCAUAAAGAAUUGCAAUUAAUGUAUAGCAAACUGAGUAUAAUUCUGUCAUCGUAACA